AUGUCGCGUAGGGAAGGGGGGAUGCACGGGGAACCCCGCAUCCUCCCUGGAGGCGGUACGGCAACGGGGGACCACUGCUCCGGUGGAGGAUGUGUGGGAGGAGGGCUCACGGAAACCGGUUGCAGAGCAUCACUGGAUUCCUCCAAACACAGCGACCAUUCAGCCUGGGUAACCCCAGCCUUCCGUGCCACGGUUUGUGGCCAAGGGAGGGUCAAUGCGCUCCUCUCCGCGCCUGCCUUGCUGCCUGCUUCCCUCAGCACCCCUGGGCUUUGCAGGCAGGAGGGCUCUGGCUGCUGCUGUGCAGGAGCCGCUCUCACAGCUCCCUCUGCAGGUGCUCAGCCCAGGCUGGGCUUGCCCGGAGCUCGGCUUUCUAGCCAGGCUGCAUUGUGCAUCGGUCACGCUGGGCUUGCCCAGCCCGUUGCUGUCUGGCUUUUUCGUUCGGUUCCUGCCCUUUGUUGCGACACUGGGGCGCUGCUCCACCCGGCUGCCCCACUGCCUGCCCCACCACGCGGAUUUCACUGGGACACUGAGGCGAAUUCAUUGUCUAGCUAUGAGAAGAGCGAAGAAGCAGGACCACAAAGCCAUGGGCAGCCAAUCCUGGGAAGGUGGUCUGAGGAGUGUGCAGAAGUUCCUGUCCCCAUCUGCAUACAUUACACCCUGCCAUGUGUGACUGUCCCUGGAGCAGGCAGGAAGGUGUAUUUGGCCUCAGUGCAAAGUCCACCAACAGUUAAACCAGAGCCUGUUACAACAUUUCAUCACUCUGGUGAAUCUCUUCACUCAGUGCUCCUCAGAACAGCGCUGAGGCAGCCAGGAGGGAUCGUUGCGGAGGAAACAGAAGAGAUUUUCCCGUGUUACUGGGCCCUCGGUACAAAAUCCUGCCGCGCGGAACCCCCUGCCCUCAGCUACAAGAAACUAUCCCGAAAGUCCGUUGUAUCCCACGCUGUGCGCGCUGCUUACAGCCGGUCUUUGUUCUGAUGGGUCCGUGGGGUUUGUUACCCAGACCCUGGCUGAGUGAAUGCGGAGGAAGGAGGGAGGAAUUUGCCUACCAGCCGGCUGGUUCUGACCUUCCUACCCUCGCCCCUUUCUUUCUUCCCCACUUGAAUGCAGGGGCGGCUGCUUACCAGCCUUGCAGGGAAUGAAAGGCCAGUGAGUGAAUCAGAAGGGAGGCAUUGUACCCUGCUAAUCCCCCUGAGCUGACACUUGUCAAUA